AUGGCUACUAGCAAGGGAAGUACUGUUUCGGGGUCGACAACCGAGAAAUCUUCUUCUUUACAAGCCGAAAUCCUUUUGUAUUUGAGCACUAAUAAUGAAUUGAAUACAUGGUCAUAUGCGAAAGAACGUGGACUUGACCAUCAACUUGUCGUUGGUACCAUUCGUAGUAUUGAAUCGUUGGGAGAUGUCAUCAAAAGCGAACAACACACCUCACGAUCAAUAGGAUUGACCGAUGAAGCCAAAGGAUUAUUACGCGAUGGAAGUUAUGAAUACAAUAUCUUUCAAGCUAUUCCUGCAGACAAAGGCAUUGAACAACCUCAGUUGAUGAAACUACCCAAUGCCAAUAUUGGUUUCGCUAAAGCUAUGUCCAAAGGUUGGCUACAAGUUGAUAAAUCAUCAAAACCGCCGAUGGUGAAACGCAAGGUCGAUACAGUUCAAGAUGAAGUGCAACAUUUACUCCAACGUAUUCAUUCAUUGGAGUUGACUGAUUCCAGUGCAGAAGAAGUUGUCGAGUUGAAAAAACGAAAAUUGGUUGAGGACGUUACGAUAAACUAUUUUACUGUGACAAAAUCUGCUGGAUUUUCAACGAAUAUUUCCAAGCCUGAAGCUGAUUUAACAUCGGAGAUGUUGCAAAGUGGUUCAUGGAAAACGGUCAAUUUCAAGCCGAAAAACUUUCAUGCCAAAGGCUUACUCCCAUCGUAUGGAUGUUUACAUCCGUUACUGAAAGUUCGUACUGAAUAUCGACAAAUCUUUCUUGAGAUGGGUUUUACUGAAAUGCCAACGAAUAAUUUCGUUGAGAAUAGCUUCUGGAACUUCGAUGCACUUUUCACUCCACAGAAACAUCCAGCACGCGAUGUUCAAGAUACAUUCUUCCUGUCCGAUCCAGCAGUAACAACGAAAUUUCCCGAAGAAUACCUUCAAAAAGUCAAAGAAGUUCAUGCCACCGGUGCAUUUGGUUCAAUUGGUUAUCAAUACGACUGGCAACUUGACGAGACACAGAAAAAUGUGCUACGAACACAUACAACUGCUGUUAGUACACGAAUGCUCUAUCAAUUAGCACAAGAAAAAACAUUCCGACCGGCAAAAUAUUUCUCAAUUGACAAAGUCUUUCGCAAUGAAAACCUUGAUUCGACUCAUUUAGCCGAAUUUAAUCAAAUUGAAGGUCUAAUUGCAGAUUACAACUUAACAUUAGGAGAUUUAAUCGGUGUUCUCUACCAAUUCUUUCGUAAACUUGGCAUGACAAAACUUCGUUUCAAACCGGCUUAUAAUCCAUAUACGGAACCAUCCAUGGAAAUUUUCAGUUAUCAUGAGGGUUUACAAAGAUGGAUUGAAGUCGGAAAUUCAGGAAUGUUCAGACCUGAAAUGUUGCUUCCUAUGGGCUUUUCAGAAGAUGUUUCAGUCAUUGCCUGGGGUCUCUCUCUCGAACGACCAACAAUGAUUCUAUAUGGAAUAAACAACAUUCGAGAUUUGGUUGGACCUGAAGUUGACUUGAAAAUGUGUCGACGAAAUCCGAUUUGCCGUGUGAUUCCUGCAAAAAGUGAAGAAUGA